CACUGCCGCCCUGAAUUGAGAGCCAUCGGAGCGGGGUAUGGGAAGGCUCAACUUUCUGCUCUGUCAUUGGCCGACUGAGGAUGAUGCCGAUGGCCCAGAUGAGCAGGAUGUGGACCGUGUUUCUGGGAACUGGGGCCUACAUUGGCCCCAGGAUGAGUCCGUCCGUCCCUGGGGCCCUGCGUUCUGACUCUCGGGUCAGACGCAGCCAAGAUACAACUCAAGAACUUCAAGGUUUCCGCUCCGGCCGAGCGCCCGGGUCCGGCAGGGGAAAGGGUGAGGGUGUCGGCCUCGCUCCCCCAGCCUCAGCCCUCGGGAGGCGCAGCGUCAGGGCGGGCGGCCGCGCUGAAGCCCCCUGCGCCACUAGAGGGACUCUGGCAGCAGCGGCGCGGGCCGGCCUUCUGGUCACGUGCGGCGAGGGCGGGACCAAACCAGCGGCCGGCCAAUCGGCUGUGCCGUCGCCGGGCGUGAUAGCCAAUAGGAGCCGGGAGCGGGGUCCCGGGACUGGAAAGAAACGGUGGCCGGGAGGGGGCUCCGGGGACCAUGGGGCUCCUGGCCAUUCUGAAGAAGAUGAAGCAGAAAGAGCGGGAGGUGCGACUGCUCAUGCUUGGCCUGGAUAAUGCUGGGAAGACAACCAUCCUGAAGAAGUUCAAUGGGGAGGACAUCGACGCCAUCUCCCCGACACUGGGCUUCAACAUCAAGACUCUGGAGCACCGAGGAUUCAAGCUGAACAUCUGGGAUGUGGGCGGCCAGAAGUCCCUACGGUCCUACUGGCGGAACUACUUUGAGAGCACCGACGGCCUCAUCUGGGUGGUGGACAGCGCGGACCGCCAGCGCAUGCAGGACUGCCAGCGAGAGCUCCAGAGCCUGCUGCUGGAGGAGCGCCUGGCCGGAGCAACCCUCCUCAUCUUUGCCAACAAGCAGGACCUGCCUGGAGCACUGUCCUCUAACGCCAUCCGCGAGGCCCUGGAGCUAGACUCCAUCCGCAGCCACCACUGGUGCAUCCAGGGCUGCAGCGCCGUCACCGGGGAGAACCUGCUGCAGGGCAUCGACUGGCUCCUGGAUGACAUUUCCAGCCGCAUCUUCACAGCUGAAUGAGCCACUCCAGAUGCCCCCCACCUAGCAGUCUAGGUCCCCCAGCCCUCACCAAACACUAUCCACAGGGGGAUGGGAGUCAGCCGGCCAGACUAACACUCCCCCUCCUCCACACCUAACCUGCUGCUGCUACUGCUGCCCGCUGCCGCUCUGUGGCGGGAGGGCUGUGCCCUGGCUGUCUCCCUCGCUCCUGACCUGGCCUUGGGCUGCCAUACCAAGAAGAGAGGGCUAGGCGGGCAGAAGCUGCCUCUGUUGCUACCGAGGCUGUGGGCCUCAUCCUUCGCUCAGCUGUGAAAUAAACCGCUCCUUGUCCUGA